AUGUCACAAGCUGCCUGGCAAGAUAUUGCUCACCGAAAGCGCGCUGAACGAGACUCCAAAAUACCUGCUGAAUGGCGAAUAUCUCUUACGUCUGAGAUCGGCAGACCGAUAGACUAUCUUGCUCGAUGCGGAAUCCUCACAGAACGUGAUCUGGCCCUCACUGAUCCGACUCAUGAUGCUACCGACUUGCUCUCCCAACUAUACUCUGGAAAAGUUACUGUUGAAGAUGUCGUUCGGGCAUUCUGCAAAAGAGCUGCCGUCGCCCAGCAACUGACGAAUUGUCUCACGGAAAUCAUGUUUUCAGAAGCCAUCGAUCGAGCAAAAUGGCUGGAUGCCGAGUACGAAAAACGGGGAAAGCAGCCUGUUGGGCCUCUCCAUGGCCUGCCAAUCAGCGUAAAAGAUAUGUUUCACAUCAAGGGCUACGACAGUUCCAUCGGUACGGCAAGCCUGUGUUUCCGACCGGCUAGAACGACAAGCCAGGCAGUACAGAUUCUUCUCGACGCUGGCUGCGUCAUCAUCGCCAAAACAACCGUUCCACAGACUGUGCUUACUGCAGACACGGACUCGAUUGUAUUUGGACGCACCAUCAAUCCAUACAAUGCUGAACUUACGGCUGGAGGAUCUUCUGGUGGCGAAGGUGCGUUGAUCGCUAUGGGGGGCUCUGCUCUCGGGCUGGGAUCGGAUGGAGGCGGAAGCAUUCGGAUACCGGCCGCCAUGUGCGGCGUUGUUGGAUACAAACCCAGUGCUUACCGGGUACCGAUUGACGGUCAGAGAAUCAUUGGAAAAGGCAUCUUUGGCAUAACUUCUCUUGUUUCGCCCAUGGUGAGUGGCUUCCUGGCGAGAUCGGUGAGAGACACAAGAUUAGCGGCCAAGGUGAUGUCGGACGCAAAACCAUGGGAUGGCAGCCCCUUUAUAUAUCCACAUCCAUGGGUGGGACUUUCGUGUCCCAGCAAGCCCCGAAUCGGCGUGUGGCUCAAGGCAGACGAUUUGCAUUUUCAUCCGCCGGUUGCAAGGGGCCUACGUCUCGCUUGCGAUAGACUCAAAAGAGCCGGUUAUGAAAUAGUCGAGCUCUCUCCGCCGCCAUUUCAGAAAGCAUCGCGGUUAGCACAACAGCUAGCCGAAGUAUUGGAUCUAUCUUAUAUGCGCAAACUUUUGGAAUCGGAGCCACACACUGAGAUUGUUAAAGCAACGGGGUUGAUCACCCCAAAAUCGGCACCGCCGGAGUUCUCCAUCGAGUAUCUACAUGAGAUGAACUAUCAAGUCGCCCGCCUAGCAAUGCAAAUGAAGAGAAUGUGGAAUGUCGAUGGCGGUAAACAACUAGACGCUAUUUUAUUUGUCACUGCGCCUCACACAGCGCUGCCCUUUGACAAGUUUAUCUGGCUUGGUCUGACGAGUAUUUUCAACAUGCUCGAUUGGUCAAGCAUUUCGAUACCCUUAAAUGAAGUGGUUGACAAGAAGGUUGAUACUGCGGUUGUACCACCUAAAAAUUACCUCAGUGAGCUAGAUGCCUCGAUUCAAAAGCUUUACGACGCUGAAAAGUUCCACGGUUUGCCGCUGGCAGUGCAGCUGAUUGGGCAGAGAUUUGAGGAUGAGAAGCUUUUGGCUGUGGCGGAGGAAAUUGCUCCGAUUUUGGCUAGCAGAGGGCAGUCCAGAUUAUAA